GACGCGCAUGCCUUGGUUUCCUGUUGCUCUCUUCCGGUAUUUUUUGUCAUAUGACUGGUUAAAGCGCCCUGUCGCAAAGGUACAGAACUUAAUUUAACAAUUUAACAAUGGCGACAAUGUUGGAUAAAAGACCUAUGGACAGCCUGAAUGGGCCUGAUGCUGCGGCUAGACAACAUGCCCAGGCAGUCAGCAGGAACUACAUUUCGCAGCCAAGACUGACCUACUCUACAGUAUCUGGUGUAAAUGGACCCCUUGUUAUCUUGGACCAUGUGAAGUUCCCCAAGUAUGCAGAGAUUGUUCACCUGACGCUGCCUGAUGGCACCAAGAGGAGUGGACAAGUGCUGGAAGUCAGUGGCUCCAAAGCUGUAGUCCAGGUGUUUGAGGGGACAUCUGGUAUUGAUGCUAAGAAAACAGCCUGUGAGUUUACAGGUGACAUCCUUCGCUCACCUGUGUCGGAGGACAUGCUUGGUCGAGUAUUCAAUGGCUCUGGUAAACCUAUUGACAGAGGACCCACUGUGCUGGCUGAAGACUUUCUGGAUAUCAUGGGUCAGCCUAUCAACCCUCAAUGCCGUAUCUACCCAGAGGAGAUGAUUCAGACUGGUAUCUCUGCUAUCGAUGGCAUGAACAGUAUUGCCAGAGGCCAGAAGAUACCCAUCUUCUCUGCUGCAGGUCUCCCACACAAUGAGAUUGCUGCCCAGAUUUGCCGUCAAGCCGGACUGGUUAAAAAAUCAAAAGAUGUGAUGGACUACAGUGCUGAUAACUUUGCCAUUGUGUUCGCUGCUAUGGGUGUUAAUAUGGAAACCGCUCGCUUCUUUAAAUCUGAUUUUGAGGAAAAUGGCUCCAUGGACAAUGUGUGCUUGUUCUUAAAUCUUGCAAAUGACCCCACCAUUGAGCGUAUUAUUACUCCUCGCCUUGCACUGACUACAGCGGAGUACCUGGCUUACCAAUGUGAGAAACACGUCCUGGUUAUUCUCACAGACAUGAGCUCCUAUGCUGAGGCCUUAAGAGAGGUUUCGGCAGCUCGUGAGGAGGUGCCUGGUCGCAGAGGGUUCCCUGGGUACAUGUACACUGACUUGGCCACAAUCUACGAGAGAGCCGGGAGAGUAGAGGGCAGAAAUGGUUCAAUUACACAGAUCCCCAUCCUUACCAUGCCUAAUGAUGAUAUUACCCAUCCUAUCCCUGACUUGACUGGAUACAUCACAGAAGGACAAGUUUAUGUUGACCGACAACUUCACAACAGACAGAUUUAUCCUCCCAUUAACGUUCUGCCCUCACUGUCUCGGUUGAUGAAGUCUGCUAUUGGAGAGGGGAUGACUCGCAAAGAUCAUGCUGAUGUGUCCAACCAGCUGUACGCCUGCUAUGCUAUUGGCAAAGACGUCCAAGCAAUGAAGGCAGUGGUGGGUGAGGAGGCUCUCACCUCUGAGGAUCUUUUGUACCUGGAAUUUCUACAGAAAUUCGAAAAGAAUUUCAUCGCUCAGGGUCCAUAUGACAACAGAACUGUGUACGAAACCUUAGAUAUCGGCUGGCAGCUGCUUCGAAUUUUCCCCAAAGAGAUGCUGAAGAGAAUCCCACAAAGCACUGUGGCUGAGUUUUACCCGAGGGAAUCUUCCGCUCGCCAUUAAAACAAAACGGAAAGAUGGUGACAGAGUACUCUGCAUUUAUGUCAUUGUAAUUUUCAGUAACAGACCUUUGUCUUUUUUGAUAGUAUACUUCACUGUUUUGAAGUGUAGUUGUACUUCUAAGUUUGAAAUAGUAUGGUACCUGUAGGGGAAAGAGACUUACUGUACACCGUUAUUUUUAGGGGAAUCUUUUACUUUUGAAAAGCAUUGAAAUAAGCAGACAAUCUCAAAUACUGCAUACCAGGAAUGAAAUAAGAUUUGAUAACAAUACAAACAUGCAAUUCACCGCAUUGACAAAUGAUCAUUUGUUAAACAAGAUGACAGCAACAGAGAAUAAUGGCAUUUUUAUUUUUUAUAGUAAACUUUAUUUAGCAUACUGGGGGCUUUCUUAUUAAGAAAGACUUACACCUGGUCCAUUGUACAUAUUAGCUUAUUAUAAAUGUUGUUGUAUUAAAAGAACACAAUAAUUUAGUAUGAAAUUUAAAGUGUUUAAUUCUUUCAACUGCAAAUCAUGGAAAGAUUCCAAACAGAGCAGCAGUUCUAAUAUACUUAAACUGAAAAAUAAAUAAAAAUGGACCAAGGUAUACAUAUGACGCAACACUAUUAAAUUGGUCUUUCUGUGAAGUCAGUUAGUGCUGAAAUGUAAUUGAUGUCGAUUCUUAGUGGUGAAAUGUUUGCUGCAUUGCUAUUAACCUUUAUUCAUAUCCAUCAAGUUUUUGGAUGUCAGAUGCUACUGAAAGAUAAUAACUGUAUUUAAGCAAUAUUUACAAUCUCUGUGUUGUAUGCAAGUUAAAAUAGAAAGCUCUCAGAAUCAUUCCUGUUUGUGCUGAUGUCAUUUCCCUGUUCUUUCAUACUUUAUUGGAUUUGGUUAUAACAAGUUUACAUUAAAUUCUCAAAGCACAUAUUAAAUAUGUAUGUACUUGGGCUUUUGACUGGAGAUCCAUCAUUUGUAUUUAUAUUCCUGUAUUAACUUUUUUUUUCUCUUUCCUUGAUUUAAAUGCUUUCUGACUGCUUGAGUUUUGACCUGUAUAACCCAUAUGAGGAUACUAUUUUCAAAUGUACAUUAAAAAUUCUUUCAGUAAUUUCUGGUCAAAAUAUGACACACCAUUUUAUGUCGGCUUUUAAAUCAUGAUAAAUAAGGGUAAAAAAAAAUGGUAUGCCUAUUUUAGAUUCUAUAUAGUCUUAUGUCUAUGAAUUAAAGUAAGUAUUGUUUUGAUUGUGGAGGACCUGUGUAUCUACGAUGUACAAGAUCACAGCAGUUUAUUAAAAGUCUCAUUACAACAGAAGAA